UUGAAAGGGGUGGGAGAGACGGCCAUCUUCUCUUGCGGCCAUUGAAAUGAGGCUAUUUCCGCUCUCUGCUUCCUCUUUGUCUGUUUGUGCGGACUGACUGACUGAUCGGCGCCAUUCUCCGCUCCUGCACUUUCAGCUUCGAGUGCGCACUAAUCCCCUCACCAUGUCCGACGACGGAAAGUUGUUCGUCGGCGGCCUGAACUUCGACACAGACGAGCAAUCCCUGGAAGAGGUUUUCUCCAAGUACGGCCAGAUCGCUGAGGUGAAAGUGAUUAAGGACAGAGACACCAUGGCUUCCCGCGGCUUCGGCUUCAUCACUUUCGAGAACCCGGACGACGCCAGGGACGCGCUGCAGGCCAUGAACGGAAAAUCCAUCGACGGGCGGCAGAUCCGAGUGGGUCACGCCGAGAAGAAGUCGGGAGGAGGCCGUGGUUACGGUGGAGGCCGAGGCGGUUACAGUAACCGGAGGAGAGGCGGCGGCGGCGGUUACUGGGAUGCUGACAGGAGCUCCGGCUACAGCGGCGGAGGCCGCUACGAUCCAGGAGAGCGGGACAACUACUCGGCUGGAUACAGGAACCAAGGAGCAUACUACUACGGCAGCGGCGGUGGUAGUUAUGGAAGUCGCCCUCUGACUGAUCGGCGCCAUUCUCCGCUCCUGCACUUUCAGCUUCGAGUGCGCACUAAUCCCCUCACCAUGUCCGACGACGGAAAGUUGUUCGUCGGCGGCCUGAACUUCGACACAGACGAGCAAUCCCUGGAAGAGGUUUUCUCCAAGUACGGCCAGAUCGCUGAGGUGAAAGUGAUUAAGGACAGAGACACCAUGGCUUCCCGCGGCUUCGGCUUCAUCACUUUCGAGAACCCGGACGACGCCAGGGACGCGCUGCAGGCCAUGAACGGAAAAUCCAUCGACGGGCGUCAGAUCCGAGUGGGUCACGCCGAGAAGAAGUCGGGAGGAGGCCGUGGUUACGGUGGAGGCCGAGGCGGUUACAGUAACCGGAGGAGAGGCGGCGGCGGCGGUUACUGGGAUGCUGACAGGAGCUCCGGCUACAGCGGCGGAGGCCGCUACGAUCCAGGAGAGCGGGACAACUACUCGGCUGGAUACAGGAACCAAGGAGCAUACUACUACGGCAGCGGCGGUGGUAGUUAUGGAAGUCGCCCUUACAGGGACUAUGAUUGAUCACAUCUAGAGAAGCAUUUCUGCCAGAUUCAGGAUCGACUUUCCACCUUGUUCUUAAAAUGGCGCUUGGAACCACAGAAAGCAGCAUCUGAUGAUUAUGAUUUGCCUGUUAUGUUAAAAUGCUAGAAAACCAUUUUCUCUGUUGUCAUGAUUUAAUCUUGUUACCUGUUGUUUAGUCUGGAGUACUGCCCCAUGAUGGCCUUUCGAACAUAAUACCAUGUCGUUUUCUAUAUUUUUUAAAAAUUAGGACCUUUUGGUCGUUUGAACGUUCAUUGCCGGUUUAGAUCACCAUUGAAUCUCUUUUCAUCAGCUCCCUUUGGAAUUUGUUGAAAUCGUUUUGCUUUCUGGUGAGAUUUUUUCCACAAUUCCAUAUGGUGCAAAGAAAGGGCGCGCAAAAAGCACUUUUCCCUGUUUCCCCCAUGUGGCCGAUCCCCAAACGCCAUUUUAUCUUUGGAAUCUCCGGUUGUUAUUUUUAAAUUGACUGAUCGCUGGAACAGUGAUCGUACGAUGUUCAUUGAAUGCUUCAACUUGGCUCCAAUGACUCGUUAUGAGGAUUGAACUUUUUUUUUAAAUCGUUCUUUGUUUUUUUUUAAUAUUUAAAUGUCUUUGCUUGGAGAAGUGAUCAACUCCUAGAAACUGCUAUUUUGGGGAGAAAAACUUUUUGAAUGCUGCCACAAGUAAGUUCGUGUGGUUUGAUCCAUUUGCUUUCUCACCUUUAUUGUAGUGAGAGAUCCAUCGCACGACAGCAAUUUCUGCUAGCUUGUUUCAAGAGACUCUUGAACAAUCUGAUCGUGGUGUUUUGUUUCAAAAUUUGUUGAACUGUAGUUUAAAAGUCAAGUGCCGUUUGUACUUCCAUCAGCUGGCACAAGCUUUGGAGAGAACCAUAUUGUUUGGGAGACAAAUCUUUAUCAGUGGAUAAAAUACAGCUUCAGAAACACAGUGGCUUGUCUUUGUAUACAUCACUCAAAUUCUUUUCAAGGAGAUGAAUUCUGAUAAUUAAUCCCAAACGCUUCUUUUCAUAAUCUGAUUUUAAUCAUGUAAGUAUAUUUGACGGUGUUGCUUUUGAGGAAAUUCCCUAUGCACUGUGAAGUUCUAUGAUUCUAAAGCAUUGGGCAUUUAGUUUGAGACUAUCUUAUUAAACUUUUUUUUUCUCCUA